UUUUCUGAAUCACGGGCAGCGCAGCUCCUCCAAAGGAAGAUGGCGAACCGAGUCCUCCACAGCCUCGGCAGUGGCCUGAAUCAGGCCAGAAACAGGGUCCGAGCACAAGGACUGGCUGUUUGCACAAGCAGGGGACUGGCAGCAUCCAACCACAGACAGGGUGAGGACAGCUGGUUCAAGUCCCUGUUUGUGAGGAAGGUCGAUCCAAGAAAAGACGCUCAUUCUAAUCUUAUAGCCAAGAAGGAGACGAGCAACCUCUACAAAAUUCAGUUUCAUAAUGUAAAGCCUGAGUGUCUGGAUGCCUACAAUAAGAUUUGUGAAGAUGUUUUGCCAUCGAUCCAUGCUGAUAAGCAUUACCCCUGUGAGCUGGUGGGAACCUGGAACACGUGGUACGGAGAGCAGGACCAGGCUGUUCAUCUGUGGAGGUAUGAUGGAGGUUAUCCUGCCCUUACUGAGGUCAUGAGUAAACUUAGGCAAAAUAAGGAAUUCAUGGAAUAUCGGAAUGAGAGAGGAAAGAUGCUGCUGUCCCGUAAGAACCAGCUUCUGUUGGAGUUUAGUUUUUGGAACGAGCCUGUACCUCGCAAGGGCCCCAAUAUAUAUGAACUGAGAAGCUACCAGCUCAGACCUGGGACAAUGAUUGAGUGGGGUAAUUACUGGGCUCGGGCUAUUGGAUACCGUCAAGAAAACAGCGAAGCAGUAGGAGGCUUCUUUUCACAAAUCGGAGAACUCUACAUGGUGCAUCACCUAUGGGCUUACAAAGACCUGCAGUCACGGGAGGAUACCAGGAAUGCAGCAUGGCAACAGGAGGGCUGGGAUGAGUGUGUGUAUUACACAGUUCCUCUUAUCCAGCACAUGGAAUCCAGGAUAAUGAUUCCUAUGAAGAGUUCUCCACUCCAGUAGACAGCUCAAGAAAUCCCUGCAUCCCUGCAAGAAACCGACGAAGUGGUGUGUGCUUUCGAUGGCAUCUGAAGCUGCUGUGAUCAUCGGGAGAUAUUUUAACAAACUGUAACUGUCAGCCCCCCCACCCAUUUAAAAAAAUAAAAUAAAAUAAUAAUACAUGAACAGAAACACAGCACAUCUAACUUUAAAAGAUGUUAGACUGGAACUCCUCCACACUCCAUAUUAGAUAUCUUCAGAAUGAAUUUGUGGCAAAACAAUAUAAAACGCAACAUUCCAGUUUUUAAGAAUACUUUGGUUUCUGUUGAUCUUCCAACCUUUCUAAUCAGCCAUUCAUUUUCUCAUGAACCUGUACAUGGGUACUGUCUAAAGGGU